AUGGAUGCUUUGAAUAUUGAUAAUGGGAAGGUCGAGAAGUCGAACGUAAUGUCACGAUUUGUUCACCUCAAAAACGUCACGAAGCUUUUUCGGAUAAUUGAAUUCCGUUUUCUUCUCAUUUUUCUCACAUGGGUUUCAGCGCAUGUUCCGUUCUUCGUCAAAAUCUCUGCCGAGUACGCCCGGCAACUCAUGACCAUAGUCUUCAGCCCCCUCUUCAUUUUCAUUCUGAGCAAUAUCAUCGUCGUCACUCUUCUCUUCCAAUCCAGCUGCUUUUUUCCUCGAUAUUAUCAAGAACAAAAUGAAAUAGACAUAUAUUUAUAUGAAGAAUUUAUCUUAAACAAUGAUUACUACAUGAACUUUACAUAUGAAACUCCUUUUCCGGUUCAAGAACCAGACGAGAAUAUUGUGUACCUAGAUAAACAAACCAUUCUUGAAGAGAAAAAAUAUGGCGAAAACAUGAAAUUCGUGGAGGCCCUGGAGGGUCUGAAAGUUCACCGGAGGAGUCAGUCGGAGAGUACGAUAGAAGGGAAGACUUUGGGGGUAGAUAAUUGCAAGAAGCAGCUCCGGCGAUUGGAGACUGAGAAGUGCUGGAAAGUUAUAAAUUCUGACGAGACUCUGGCGGAGACUGUGUACAUGGUUGAUGAAAUGAAUAAUGAGGAGUUUCAGAGAGCUAUUGAGGAUUUUAUUGCUAAGCAAAUCAAGUUUCAUCAUGAAGAAAAGCUAUCAGUUGUAAUUAGCAGCCAUAACUGA